AUAAAGACCGCCAGCUGUUUGUGCUCGAGCACCGUGUCAACGACGAGGAAGUAUUGAGCCGAGGAUCAUGGAGUUGGAGACAACUCACCUACAUGGUGGUUACUGGUUACAGGUGCCCGCUGCUUCACCAUUUUACCAGCGAAACAGUAUGACAAGGGCGCGCCGAGACCUGGCGGGAAUUACCGGAAUGUCUGAGGGACAUUGUUUAGUCAUGUGCCUAAACCACCGUAUUGUCUAUUAGAGGAGACCGGAGUGGUUUCGAGAGGAGGAGGUGUAAGGGCAGACAGGUAGGAGUCUAUUGCUUCAGUAGUUGUUUCGUUUUCACUUCUUGUUACCUGGUAAAUAACCAACCACCAUGGAUAACCACAAGGAGAGUAAGACGAGGAAACAGUCAAUGAAAACCAAAUCUACAAAACGCAAAGAGAAGAAAUACAAAGCCGGGAAGCUUUUCAGGAGGAAAUCGUUGAAGUCCGUUGGGAAUUUUAUGAGCAGGAUACUGAAAACUUUGGGAACUUUGGCACACUUUGGCGACGUCGAGCCACCUGACGGUGAGGAUGAUGAUGGCGGGUUCAGAGACAGCGCCGCGUGCACGUUGAGUGCCAACUCAGGGAAUUUUAAUAAAGAUGAACUUCGGGUCUCGAGGGAGAUUAAGGUGAAGAAGAGCGCCUCAACUUUGUCUUCUCAUGGAUCUAUAAAAGACAGGCUGUCGUGGUGCUAUGGCGACAAAACUCCAGGAGUCCUUGGGUUGAAGAAUCAUGGAAACACUUGUUUCAUGAAUGCGGUGGUUCAGUGCCUCAGUAAUACGGACCUGCUGGCCGAGUACCUUGGUUUGGAACAAUACAAGUCUGAUUUGUGUCAGGGGAGAGUAAACGGAAUUGUAAAAAACGAGGACGCGCAACUUGCCAGGGGUGAGGUGACCACACAGUUGGCAUCCUUGGUGCGGGCGCUUUGGACCCUUGAAUAUACACCUCAACUGUCCGUGGAAUUCAAGAGUAUUGUGUCCAAGUACGGCUCUCAGUUCAGGGGGAACUCUCAGCACGAUGCUCUGGAGUUCCUGCUCUGGCUUCUGGACCGGAUCCAUGAGGAUGCCAACCCCACCACCAACAACAACCACAGCAGCAGCAAGACCAAAGCCAACGGAAAGGGCCCGCUGGGUGGAGUGGAGGAGAGCCCUGUCUCCGGUCCAGCAGCAGCACACCAGCCUGGGACGCGGCACAGCUUCGUCCAGGACCACUUUCAGGCACAGUACAGGUCCUCCCUGACAUGUCCACAUUGCCUUAAACAGAGCAACACCUUUGACCCCUUCCUCUGCAUCUCACUGCCCAUUCCCCUGCGGCAAACCAGGUGUAUGAGUGUGACCCUGGUGUUCAGUACGAAGGGUCAGAGGUAUCUACGUGUUGGUCUGGCUGUGCCUCUCAUCGGCUCCAUCUCCUGCCUGCGUGCCAUGGUUGCUGAGGAGGGCAAGACCACGCCAGACCAGGUGGUCCUGUCAGAGCUCUACGCCACCGGCUUCCAGCGUUCGUUCUCUGACGACGACGAUCUGACCAGCAUUGCUGAGAGUGAUGUGGUCUAUGCCUUCCAGGCUCCGCCCCUCCACACACUGGGAGGCUCCACGCGAAUGUCGGGCUACCACCACAGCCUCCCAUCCUCGCCGUACACCUCAGGGCCAGAGGGUCAAAGGUUACCCCCAUCGACCACUCUGUCCUCAGAGUUUCUGAACCACGGUGGUUCCACCAAGGUCCUCCUCGUAAUCUGCAACACGGCAGGCUCCGGCCAGCAGGCUGUCAGGUUCGGCCCUCCCUUCCUCAUGAGAGAGGAGCGUACCCUGUCCUGGGACCAGCUCCAGCAGAGUAUCCUCAGCAAGCUCUAUUACCUGAUGCUGAACAGAUCACAGGCUCAGAAUGCAGGGUUGCUGUUCAAGGUCAGAGUGGUGGGAGGAUCUGCCUCCUACAGCUACCUGUCCCCACAAGAUGGACGCCCUCUCUUCCACCCUGCCGUGGACAGAGCCCUGAAGUUAUGUGGCCCAGGAGGACCACCCCACGUGAAGCUGGUGAUUGAGUGGGAACACAAGAUCAAAGAAUGUCUGUUUGGUAACAUCCAGGAGGAGGUGGUGAAGGACUCAGAGAGUGUGAGAGUCCAGCAGCAGCAGCACCUGCAGCAGCACAGCUGUACCCUGGACGACUGCUUUCAGCUCUACACCAAAGAGGAACAGCUGGCCCCAGACGACGCAUGGAAGUGUCCCCACUGUAAGCAGCUCCAGCAGGGCAUGGUGAAGAUGUCCCUUUGGACCCUCCCCGACAUCCUCAUCCUCCACCUCAAACGCUUCCGACAGGUGGGCGAGCGGCGCAACAAGCUGUCCACCCAGGUGCGCUUCCCCCUGGCCGGGUUGGAUAUGGCCCCCCACGUGGUGAAGAGGUCCCAGAGCAUGAGGAACCUGGGGGACCUGGGACCCUGGCCCCCCACAUGGAAACAGCCUGAAGGCAACAGUCAUCAUAUUAGUCACCCAGACAUGGCCCUGCCUCCUGACUUCCUCUAUGACCUCUAUGCAGUGUGUAACCACCAUGGUGGGAUGCACGGCGGACAUUACACAGCGUACUGCAGGAACUCAGUGGACGGUCAGUGGUACAGCUAUGACGACAGCAGUGUGGACCUGGUGCCUGAGGAGGAGGUGUGUACCAGGGGGGCCUACAUACUGUUCUACCAGAGACGCAACGUCAUCCCCCCCUGGUCCGCCAGCAGCUCAAUCAGAGGCUCCACUAGUUCCUCCAUGUCGGACCACUGGCUGGUCCGUCUGAAUGGGGACAGUAAGAGGGGUAGUCUGGUGUCCCGCUCCUCCACCACCUGCCCCUCCUCUGUCCACGACUCCCCGGAGUCCCCCGUCUUCCUUGAUGACCCCCCAAGAGAGGAGGAAGGUGAGGGGCCUGGGAAACAUGAGGUGCAUGGUAAACCAAAGAAAGGCGGUUUUGAGACCAGGCCGUUCGUACGGGGCAUCCAGGGUCGUAGCGUCAGCAUGAGGACCCCCACUAAGAACAAAGAGACACUGAACAAGGUCUUCCCGCUACGCUGGUCGUUUGGCUCCAAGGACCGCCAAAAUAUUGCAGCCGAGGCCGCCCCUGCUCCCAUCCCCACCCCUGCCCCUGUGGAACUGGUGGAGUACCUAGAGUCUGGAAGAAGGCCUCGCUGCACCAAGGACUCUAUAGUCAAUUUAAUGACGGGCUCCGAGAGCCAGAAGGGUCCUGCCAUCAGCUCCCCCAAUGUGGGAAGCAGCCUGAACUGCAUGGGACAAUCAGAGUCUCCACAGAUGCCAGAGGGCCAGAGAAGACCAGUCACAGACAAGACAUGGAGUCUGAGACGAAGUAGCAAAGGGUCCCAUCAGCAGCAGAGAGACCAGGGGGACCAGCGAGACCAGGGGGACCAGAGGGACGAGGGUAGGACGGGCAGUAGUAGUAGUACUAACACUCUGACCAGGAGGAGCACCAAGAAGAGUAAGGAGAAGGACCAGGGAAAGCCCCAAGAGGCCCGGUCUAGGAGGGGAUCUAGUGCAGGCGUCCAGUCCAGCUCCAGCACCCACAGCCUCAGGGACAGAGACUGGGAAGGCACCCUGAGGAGAGGGACCAAGGGCCACCAGGACCCACCACCAAGGGACUGUCUGGUACCACCCGAGGGAGAAAAGAGAAGGAAGGGUGAGAAGGUAGAGGAGGCCUCCAAGAGCCACGAGGGGCUGCUGUCUUUCUUCAAAAGCAACUUCAAGAAGAAGGACAAGGAGUCGUUAUCGUCUCGCAAGUCCGACUCUGGAAAAGUUGGCGACGUCGGCGGGUCCAGCACCUCCCAGCUGUCCCUGUCCAGUGGAGCCCCAGGCGGGGCCACGAAGACGGAAGAGGCGAAAUCCAACGGAGCCCCCCGCAACGGGAGUGCCAAUCGUCUCGGAGACGAGCUACCCAACGGUAAAGCCAGACGCGCCGCUGCUGCCCAUAUCAAGCGCUCUCAGAGCUCAUCCAACAUCCCCAGCAAGGAGGAGUCUAGCAUGCGAAGGACCGCCUCUUUACACCGCAAAGGGCUGUCCCAUGGCGUGGCUCCGCCCCCUUGCAGCCUCACAGCAGAGACGCCCUCCUACGGUACCCUGCAGAGGACUCGCUAUAGUACCAACUCACUGGGACGCAAGAGGACGGUCCCCGAGUCCAGCUUUUAGCUGACACACACACACCCUGACACACACACACACCCUGAUACACACACACCAGGGUCGUUUUCACUAGGCACCAAACAGAAGAAAUGGACUGAACAGGGAGGGAUUAUCUUCAUUUGUCAAGUAAGAAAUACUAUGUUUUUGUUUUCCAUUGCAAAAUGUUUUUUCUACAUUUUGCUACAGUGACUUUGUGCACUAAUCAAUCUGACCCUGAUCAAAGCAAUGGAGCUCCACUGGAAGGAUACUCCUGUAGCACAGAAGCAACAGGUAUGUGAAAACCACACAAGGUGGCGUGGAGGGGUGUAGCGUCAGUGAAAGAGCCAUUCACAGGGCCAAGGAGAACAUUUAGGAAAGGUGACACAAAGUACAACUGCUAACAUAAACAAAAUGGCAUAUCAGAAUGAAUAUUUUCUUAUUCCAGUUUUGAUUUUAUUUAUGUGUAAAAAUUAUUGUGACUUAACAAGUGCCUCAGUAACUGAUAUGCAGUUUUUAACCAAUGAGUUUGUGGACACCUGGUCAGCACCUGAAGCACAUGUUGUAUUCACACACAUACAUGCACAUGCACACACACACACAGGCAUGAACACGCACGCACACACAUUAUCUACACUCGUGUCUUAAAAUCGUAGUAAAGGAAUGGCAUUCAUCACUAUCCUCCUCGAUCGGUUUGUCCAAUGGUAGCACCUAAAGGACUGUUAUGACUGUCAUGACAAUACGUUUCGUUAUUACGUCUACACGCUCUAGAAGAUUUGGACAAAAACAUUGAUUCAUUGAAAGUCUACAUCAGAGCUUUAAUAGGUGAUUUCCUCCUAGAUUGAACUAUGAAUGAUUUAACUGGUUGUACGUGCUGCUUGCACUGCAAACUGGCUGCUAUAUAGAUUUGCGCAUUGCAAGUGAAGGUUAUGAUAUUGCACUUUCUACAAUGCCAAUGGUACCGAACUCUCCCUUUCAUGCAGUAAGAAGGAUACCCUCCUAACAAUAUAGCUUGGCCUACGCAACACGUCCCUCUUCAUUCUUAAACUCGUGAAAAUAUGCAGUUUGACCACACAAUCCAUUAUUAUAAGUACAUUUAUAUGGAAAUGUGACAUUUUUAGCACUGAAAUCUGGCUAUAUGAUUCUAAGGAAAUUACUGUGUUUUAAAUUAGUACAAAAUGACCUCAGAUUGAUCUACUCUUGCUACCGGUAGGUAAUGUAACUUUCUGAUGCUAAUACACUGACAUUCUGGUAUGUAGGUCUAUGCGGUACUGUAUUAGAGAGGCAAGCGGUGUCGAUGGAUUGCAUCACUAUGCAGUUCUCUAUGAAGGAUCAUGCACUGUAACAGUAAGGUCACUGUAACAGUAAGGUCAUUUAUUUGAAUCAUCAGAUUGUCCACUAGAGUAGGCAGUAGAUGCACUGCUCCAAUCACCCCUGAAUGUCACAUAUGUGUUAUUUAUCAACCUUGAUGAGCUCCUUGCCCCCCCCCCUUAUCCAGUCUUACUUCUCAUCCUCUCUCUCUUCACUCCUCCACAUCAAUCCGUCUUAUCUUUUUUUCAAAAAAAAAAAAAUCCCUGUCAUCCAUCGUGUCUCUCAUCAAGUCUCUUUGGCCACUGACUAAAGGUCCCCUCUACUCCAAUCUGCACAGCUCUCGCCUGGCGUUAACGGCGUAGGCGUUCGAUUGAAACACCCUCGCUCUCACUGGGUUGAAAUUAGCGGUGUAAUUGGGUCGAGUCUCUACGGUACAAUAUCCCUUCUUAAGAGUCGUUAAGGUACACCGUGGGAAGAGGCUGUAGCUACUGGCAGUCACACAAUGUCUGAGACUCAGAACCUUUUACAUUUUUUUUACCUGUUAGUCAUCCAUUUUCCUUACUGAAAGCUACAGUAUAUGUACAGCUACAGUAUAUGUACAGCUACAGUAUAUGUACAGCUACAGUAUAUGUACAGCUACAGCAUAUGUACAGCUACAGCAUAUGUACAGCUACAGUAUAUGUACAGCUACAGCAUAUGUACAGCUACAGCAUAUGUACAGCUACAGCAUAUGUACAGCUACAGCAUAUGUACAGCUACAGCAUAUGUACAGCUACAGCAUAUGUACAGCUACAGCAUAUGUACAGCUACAGUAUAUGUACAGCUACAGCAUAUGUACAGCUACAGCAUAUGUACAGCUACAGUAUAUGUACAGCUACAGUAUAUGUACAGCUACAGUAUAUGUACAGCUACGGUAUAUGUACAGCUACAAUAUAUGUACAGCUACAGCAUAUGUACAGCUACAGUAUAUGUACAGCUACAACUACAGUAUAUGUACAGCUACAGCAUAUGUACAGCUACAGUAUAUGUACAGCUACAGUAUAUGUACAGCUACAGCAUAUGUACAGCUACAGCAUAUGUACAGCUACAGUAUACAUACAGCUACAGUAUAUGUAGCUUUCAGUUUAUACUUUUAAUGGACCUAGCAAUGCCACACUUUAUCGUAGGGGUGAGAAAAACACUUCAACACCCCACACCAGUUAGUCCUUGACACUAAUUAACUCCUUACACUUAGUGUCUGCCUGUGCCACUCGGGCACAGUUCUAAGCAAUAAAGAUUGAAUGAAUGUCUGGUCACAUCGUGUCCAUGUUUUGCACAUAGAAUAUACUGCUGAAGUGUAAUUUGAAAGAAGCAUUGUGGGCAGCAAUUCAACAGCUUGUCAUUGGUACACCAAGCAUGGAUAACAAUAAGGUACCAAAUCUAUAUGGGCAGUUUUCAGCUAAUUUCUUUAACAAAUUAUGCCUUUUGUUAGUAUAGCCAGUUUUCACUCACGAUAAUUAGUGGACCAAGCCAAAGCAUUGGUGUUAUCCUGGAGCAAUUUUUUACAGUAACAAACUCACCAGUCACUAUUGACUCUAUUGGGAAGAUGGAGGAUCACAUCAGUUUCAUGUUAAAUAAAUAAGCCUAUUACAAUCCUGAAUUGUGAAGUUUUGUCAUUUGUCUUUGCAGCUUUAAUUCCUGGGGGACAGAGGGGUGUUGAGUUUGAGUUGCUGCAGUACUUCGCAGUCAACCGUCUUAAAACUUCACUGUUGCCCGUAGGUCUUUUCUGUGACCGAGCUAUGCUUGGUGAUAGAUAGCAUGUCUUAUCUAUAGACAACAUGGUCUCAUUAAAAUAUGUCAAAAUAGUGCCAUAUUAACCAUUAGUUAUACUGUAUGUCACAGAAUUAAAAAUAGUAUGUCUGCUGUGGGAAUAAGAGCGUUCAGAUGGGACACAAAGUGUAUUGUUCAUUGACAUUUUGUUUUUCUUUUGUUCUAGAUGAGGACACUAUGUACCUACCACAAAGUUUACUUGUACCAAAAUUAAAAUGAAGACUACAAAUGAAGGUUUUUUUUUCAAUUCUUUUGUGAAAUGUGGGAUAAAGAUGAUUUAUAUGCAACGUUUCUACAUUUUAUAAGAGUUUUGUAAAUAUAUGAAUACACAUAGCUCUAUAUAAUAUAUGUAUAAAGGGAGACAUGAUGUAGCAUAGCCUUGUAUAAAUCACAGGGCUAUGAGGUUAAGGCUGAUGCACAAGUAUAGGCCUCAACUGUGGUGUGUACUGUUCUUCUAUGCACAAGAGUACGACAAGGUAUAUGCUAUUACUGUACAACUAUUACUGUAAAACGACCACGAGGGUUUGUAUCUGCCUAAUAUGUUUAUACUGCAAAUAAAGCACAUUGUUUAACA